AUGAGUGGGGAUCGCACGGAGUGGGGAUCGCACGGAGUGGGGAUCGCACGGAGUGGGGAUCGCACGGAGUGGGGAUCGCACGGAGUGGGGAUCGCACGGAGUGGGGAUCGCACGGAGUGGGGAUCGCACGGAGUGGGGAUCGCAUGGAGUGGAGAGGCGAAUCGCGGCUUCGUCAGCCGCCCGGCGCUGUUCCCGCCGGUCGCUCGCCUCCCUUACCCCCACCCUUUCCACCCGCUCAUCUCUCCCCACUCCCCACCCCCCCCCCGCUUCUGCCCUUUCCCUCCCUCUCCAUACGUGGCGUACUUCUCGGGCAGCGAGGUGCGGUGCCGCGACGGGUCGCGGUCAGUGGCGGUGCAGCGGGUGAACGACGACUUCUGUGACUGCGCUGAUGGCACCGACGAGCCGGGCACGUCAGCAUGCGCGCUGGCGCGCUUCUACUGCGCCAACCGCGGCCACAUGCCACUCACGCUCUUCUCCUCGCGAGUCAACGACGGCAUCUGCGACUGCUGUGACGGGUCGGACGAGUACGCCAGCGGGGCGGGCUGCAACAACACGUGUGUCCAGAUGGGCGCCGAGACGCGCAGCCAGCUGGCAGCUGACGUGGCGGCGGUGAGGGAGGGCGUGAAGCUGCGAGGCAAGGCGGUGGUGGGGCACGUGGCGCUGAGGGACAAGUGGGAGCGCGAGGUCACGCACCUGGAGGAGCGGCGCGCACACCUGGUGGAGCAGGAGAAGGCGCUCAAAGGUGAGAAGGCGCUCAAAGGUGAGAAGGCGCUCAAAGGUGAGAAGGCGCUCAAAGGUGAGAAGGCGCUCAAAGGUGAGAAGGCGCUCCAAGGUGAGAAGGCGCUCAAAGGUGAGAAGGCGCUCAAAGGUGAGAAGGCGCUCAAAGGUGAGAAGGCGCUCAAAGGUGAGAAGGCGCUCAAAGGUGAGAAGGCGCUCAAAGGUGAAUGGCCGUUGCUCUCUCACAGGUCACCCAUCACACGCAUGCGUGCCCCGACCACCUCACCGUGCCCCGACCACCUCACCGUGCCCCGACCACCUCACCGUGCCCCGACCACCUCACCGUGCUUGACCUCAUUCUACCUGCCUGCCCUCUUGUCCACUCCUGCCCCACCUCUUUCUCCUCCCCAUCCCGCACCCCAACCCAACCCCCUGUCCGUGUGUCCUUGUGUGCGUAUCUCUUCCUCGCCGUUGGCUACGCAACGUGCCUGCCUCACUGCAUCGCCUCCAUCUGCCGCCCGACCUGCCGCCCGCUUGCCCAUCCUGCUGCCGCCCACUCGCUGUCCUGCUGCCCGACUCGGCACCGCCACCAUGCCACUACCCCCCCCACCGUGCGGGCAUGGCAUGUCAGAGCACAUGCACUCCCUGCUCGCCCUCCUCCUCUGCCACCGCCCCCUGCGUGCGCUGCUGCUCGCCCUCCCCUGCGCCUGCCUGCGCCUGUGCCACCGCACCAUGGCCUCGCUCUGCCCCUGCCUUGCCGCCCUCACGCCUACCCGCAGGCGCCACCCCCACCACCCCUCUGGGCGGCGGCGCCCUAAGCUGCUGCAUGCAGCGCGCAAGGAGGAGUGGGAGCGGCAGGAGGGGAGGGAGAAGGCGUGGAGGGCGAGGCUGGAGAGGGAGCAGCGCGCCAGGGACGCCCUUGUGGCGCACACCCGCCCGGUGAGGACCGCCGCUGCUCAUGGUGACGGCGGCAGUGCUGAUGGUGGUGGUGGUGGGGGGAGUGCGGUUAGUUGGGACGGGAAGGUGCCAGCAGAGGCGGAGGAGCUGUGGAAUGGUGGGGACGCUGAGGCUGGUGGUGUUGAUGGGGCAGCUGGGGAUGGUGUCGAUGGUGCGGCGAGUGCAGUGACGGGCACAGGAAGUGAGGAGAAGGGGCAAGGAGAGGAGGGAGCAGCAGGGGGCGAGGGGGAAGGUGGAAGCGAGGAUUUGUCAGGUCUGUCUAAAGAGGAGAUGGGGCGGCGGAUUGCCUCCCGAUGGACUGGCGGGGGGGAGGGAGGAGAGCAGCACGAGGAGCACAGUGGGCAUGCGGCAGAGCAAGGUGUGGUGGACGAGGGGUUGCCACCCCCUGAUUUGGGGUAUGCUGAUCCGGAUGCGGUGCAGAGCGGUGAUCAUGAUCAUGAUGAUGACCAUGACUACAGUGGCAAUGACGACGAUGAGUACAAGGAGGAUGCUGAUAACGAGGAUGAGGACUACAGCAAGGAUGAUGAGGAGGACGCGGAUGGGGAUGGUGAGAGUGAGGGGGAGGAGGAGGCAGCGGAUUUGGAACAAGGGAUGGGCGCGGGGGGAGGGGAGGCGGAUGAGGGCAAGGGAGGGGCAGGGGUAGAUGGAAGAGGAGUGGAGGAGGGGGAUGGGGAGGAGGGCGAGGUGAGUGUGGAGGAGUUGAAGCAGCUGGAGGAGUUCAACCCAGAUGACCCGCCAGCCGUGACACCUGUCAGUGUCUGGUUGGCUCGCACCCUCCACUGGCCCAUGGCCGUGUGUUCGCGCCUCUACUCCCUCGCCACCCCCACGCCACCGCUCACCCUCAACGCCUCUCGCGUGGAGGCAGCUCGGGAGGAGCACAGGGGGGUGGAGGAGCAGCUGAGGAAGGCGAGGAGCCGCGCCAAGGUGCUGAGGGACAAGCUCAAGCGCGACUAUGGGCCACACGGGGAGUUCUCCAACCUCGUUGACCGCUGCUUCUCAUUCAACGCCAACCAGUACACGUAUGAGAUCUGCCCGUACAAGAAGGCGGUGCAGAAGGAAGGGCACUCCGAGACGACUCUUGGGCACUUCAAGCGGUUUGAGGAGGAGCACACGGUGAUGGCGUUUGAGGAUGGCGAGCACUGCUGGAACGGACCAGCCAGGAGCAUCAAGGUGCGGUUCAAGUGCGGGGCGGAUGUGGCGGUGCUGGCGGUGGACGAGCCCAACCGCUGCGAGUAUGCCGCCACCAUGACCACGCCGUCAGUGUGCACGGAAGAAAAAGCCAAGGAGUUGGAGCAGCAGCUGGAGGCCAUGCUGAGGGACAUCCACCCCGCGCAUGAUGAGCUCUGA